GGUGAUGGCUCACCCUCUCUAUAACGCACUCACCCAGACUCACCCCUGGUCGCGCGACCGAAAAGCAGCAUCACCCUUUAACUCAUCCGGGAGGCAACCCACCGAACUAUUGUCCGCUGUCAGAGCGGAAAGAGGGCGAGUUUGAUGAGUACGCUUGAUUUAAUACAAAUGUCGAUGCGGCUUUCAGCGCACACAUUCCGCUUAUGAUACACGGUAUUCCUCUCGACCUAGCUACCGCUGAAGCGACUAAGACAGAAUUUGUUCAGCGCGCUGGUGUUACAUCUUGGGACGAUUUCGCGGUGAGUGGCGAGGAACGAGAGAAGCCGAAGAAUUCUCUCCGAGACAUGCUGGUGGACCUGGCCAAGCUAUUCUUGAGGGACACCAGUGGGCCUUUUCUACUCGGAAAGCAAGUCAGUUAUGCGGAUUUUAUUGUCGGUGGGUGGCUGCGGAUGAUGCGCGGGAUUCUACCGGACAAUGAGUGGGACUGUGGGAGGAGGUGACGAGCUGGCAUGGGGUGUUUUUGAGCGGUUGCAUGACGUGCUGGUGAAAUAUGCGGAAGUGAAGUAGGGCAGAGAGUGUGUGUGAUGAUAUAAUUUCAUUAGCUUAACUAGUUAACAAGCCCUGUAUGGCGCCAUACCACAGCAGCUUGAAGAUGGCCUCUAGCACUCUUUUGCACCAACUAUAUCAUUACAUCACUCGAGAUAAGUCUGGAUUUCCUUCACAGUAGCUCCAGAUGCGUGUAAUGAAGCCUUUGCUCCUUGCU